AUGCGCUCUAUCAAGGCAAGGCAUCGGCUCGUCCGCCCCCUCCCUCGAUUGCUCAGCACAUCAUCAACGCCAUCUCCCUCUUCCGCCUCCCCUCAGAUCACUCCCAUCACUUCCCUUCUCAUAGCCAACCGCGGCGAGAUUGCCCUUCGAAUUCAUAGGACAGCCGAUAAGCUCGGUAUCCGAACCACAACCCUCUACACCGACCCCGAUGCCUCUUCACAGCAUGCCGCCUGUGCCCCCCACUCCCUCGCUCUAGGCAACCCCAAGGCGUACCUGGACGGCGAGCGCAUCAUUUCUCUGGCCAAACAGAACGGUAUCCAGGCGCUACAUCCAGGCUACGGCUUCUUGUCUGAGAAUGCCGCGUUCGCCUCUCGGUGUGAGCAGGAGGGCAUCGUCUUCGUCGGCCCUCCGGCCCAGGCCAUGGCCGAUAUGGGAGACAAGGCCAGGAGCAAGGAGAUCAUGAACGCGGCCGGGGUGCCCUGCGUUCCGGGAUACCACGGGCCAGAGCAGUCGGAGGAGCAACUCCUCCGCCACGCCCGGAAAAUCCAGUUCCCCGUGCUGCUCAAGAGCGUCCGCGGCGGCGGAGGCAAGGGCAUGCGCAUCGUCCCGUCCGAGGCCGACUUUUCGCAACAGCUCCGCAGCGCGCGCGCCGAGGCUCGCGCUUCGUUCGGCGAAGGGGGCGAGGUGAUGCUGGUCGAGAAGUACAUCGUGCGCCCGCGCCACGUCGAGGUGCAGGUUUUUGCCGACAAGUACGGCAACUGCGUCGCCCUCGGCGAGCGCGACUGCAGCGUCCAGCGCCGGCACCAGAAGAUCCUGGAGGAGUCCCCCGCGCCCGACCUCGACGAGGCCACGCGCCUCGACCUGUGGGAGAAGGCCCGGCGCGCCGCCCUGGCCGUCGGCUACGUCGGCGCCGGCACGGUCGAGUUCAUCCUCGAUCGCGACUCGGGCGCGUUCUACUUCAUGGAGAUGAACACGCGUCUCCAGGUGGAGCACCCCGUCAGCGAAAUGGUCACGGGCACCGACCUUGUCGCGUGGCAGCUGGCCGUCGCGGCGGGGGAGCCUCUCCCCAUGACGCAGGGGGAAAUCUCCGAAGCCAUCGCCGCGCGCGGGUCUGCCAUCGAGGCUCGCAUCUACGCCGAGAACCCGGAAAAAGGGUUCAUGCCGGAUUCCGGCACGCUCGUCCACCUCACGACCCCCGAAACGGACCCCGACGUCGUCCGCAUCGAUGCCGGUUUCGUCCAGGGCGACACCGUCUCCGAGGCCUACGACGGCAUGAUCGCCAAGCUCAUCGUCCGCGGGCCCGACCGACCCACCGCGAUCCGCCGCCUGGAACGCGCCCUGCAGGACUACGAGGUCGUGGGUCUCAGCACCAACAUUGAGUUCCUCAAGAAGAUGUGCCGGUCCCCGGCCUUUGUUGCCGGCGACGUCGAGACGGGCUUCAUCGACAAGUGGCGCGACGAGCUCUUCGCGCGGCGUCCCACCCGGGACGAGGUUUUUGUUCAGGCUGCGCUGGGGUCCCUCUUGGCCGCUGCGGAACCGUCACCAUCACCGUCACCGUCACCGUCACCGUCACCGUCACCGUCACCGUCACCGCACGGCCAGUCCCUCGGGUUCGGCGACCCCGCCACGACAACCGAGCGCAACUUUGCGUUCAAGGUCCUGGACGCCUACGCCGCGGAAGAGGGCCAGGUCGUCCAGGUGCGUCUCGCGCAGACGUCCCCCGCGCACUUCCGCGCCACGGUGCUACGCGGCAAAGAAGGGGGGGACGAGAACGGUCCAGCGGCGGUGUACGAAAACGUGGCGUGCUCGUCAUCGUCGUCCGUGGCCACGCCUUCCACCAACAGGCUGACGAGCUUCUUCCCGGACGAGAGGAUACAGUCGACCGUGGUGCGGACCUCGACGGCCCGGACCGCCGCCGAGGGGGGGGCGUCCAGGUUGGUGGUGUUCCAGCACGGCGGGCGGACGGAGCUGGCGCUCCUGCCGCCGUCGUGGUUCGAGAAGGCCCUCGGGUUGAAGGAGGUGGCUGCGUCGGUGGCCGCGCCGAUGCCGUGCAAGGUGUUGAAGAACGAGGUGGUGGAGGGGCAGAGCGUCAAGAAGGGGGAGCCUCUUGUAGUCAUCGAGUCGAUGAAGAUGGAGACGGUGAUUAGGUCACCUCAGGACGGCGUGGUGAAGAAGCUGACUCACAAGGAAGGGGAUAUCUGCAAGGCUGGAACUAUACUAGUACUGUUUGAAGAAGAGGCAGUCAAGGAGGGCGACUCAUGA